UAAAAUUUUAAUUUGUUCAACCGGCACGGCAGUCUUUUUAAUUUUAUUUUUUAACGAAAAAGCUAAGUUUUAAGCCACAAUCAUGGUAUUAGCCCAUGACAUUAACGAGGGCAAUAGAACGUGUGAUGUGCAGAUAGUUCAAAAUGUUACUUUUGAAUCUAUGCUGCUAGCACCUAAUACUUUGCAGGGAUUAAAACAAUCCGGUUUUUAUAAACCCUCACCAGUUCAACUACACGGCAUUCCAUUAGGAAAAUGUGGAUUUGAUCUAUUACUAGAAGCUAAAUCUGGAACUGGAAAAACCGCCGUAUUUUCUGUUAUAUCUCUUGAGACAUUGGAUCUAGGCAAAGGAGUGCAAGUAAUAAUACUAGCACCAACUAGAGAAAUUGCUUUCCAAAUAUGUGAUGUCAUCAAACAAAUAGGAUCCCAUUAUAAAGGUUUGGCUGUUGAGGUUGUGAUUGGAGGGCUUCCAGUGGAAGAAGAUAUCCGCAAAUUUGAAAAGAAUGUUCAUGUAGUUGUGGGCAGCCCUGGAAGGUUACGCCAUUUGAUUCAAUCUAAAUACAUAGACGUUUCUUCUGUGAGACUUCUAAUCCUUGAUGAGGCUGAUAAAUUAAUGGAGAAAAGCUUUCAGGCAGAUGUAAACUAUAUUUUUUCAACAUUACCUGCCCAAAAACAAGUCAUCAUGAGUAGUGCUACAUAUUCUGAAUCUACUAAAGAAUUUAUCACCAAAUAUAUCAAAUGUGCUCAACAUGUAUGCCCAGAUAUCAGUUGUAUACUAUUGGGUGUAGAGCAAAAAAAAACUGUUGUAAAUUGCAACAGUAAUAUUGUUAGGCAAACUAAAAAUAGAUUUCAGGAAUUGUUAAAAAUAUUAACCAAAAAGCAAUUUAAACAGUGCCUGAUAUUUUGUAACUAUCAGGCAAGAGUGGCUGAAUUACACAAAUUACUAUCACGACAAAAUUGGCCUGUUGAACAAUUACGUGGACAGCAAGAUCAGACAGAUCGUCUUGAUGCAUUGAAAAUAUUAAAAGAAUAUAAGUGUAGAAUAUUGGUGUCUACUGAUUUGGCUGCAAGAGGAAUAGAUGCUUCAAAUGUUGACCUAGUCAUUCAUUUUGAACCACCUAGUGAAUGGCAAACAUAUUUGCAUCGAAUAGGCAGAGCAGGUCGUUAUGGCUCAUAUGGUUUGUCUAUUGCAAUACUUAGUGAAGGCAAAGAAGAAGUUCAAUUUGAAAAUAUGAUACAAGCAAUAAACCUCAAUAAUUUAAAAGUCACCAAUUUAUGGGCAGAUGAGUCUGAAAACAGUGCCAGUAAUGUAAACCUGCCCCUGUCCCUUACAAAGCAAAACAAUUUAACUGCUGGUGAAUUGGAAGCGGUGUCCAAAGAAGUAUGGGAUGAUCUGUUAUGUCUAAACAGUAAUAAAGAAAAAUUGGAAGAAUUUGAUAAAUUACGUGAAUCAUUUGAAGAAUCUAAAAAUUUUAAAAUUGAAUCAUUCACUGAUUUAAUUAACUCAUUUGAAGAAAAUAAAGAUGAUACUUCUAAUACAGAUAUUUCUCACAAUUUGCUAAAAAUAAUACCCAAAACAUCAAUAAAACAUUUUUAUGAAUCAGUAAAAUCCUUGGUAAAUGGUCAGAAGCCUAAACCCAAUGAAAAAGAUAUGUCCAGAAUGGAAUCAAACAAUAAAUCAUUAGAUGUUCUUAAUAAUGGGAAAAAACAAACAUUCAAUCCAAGAACAGAUAAUUUCAUUUCAGAAAAUAAUAAUAUGAAUGCUCUUAAUCCAUUAGAUGAUUUUACAAAUACUGAUGCAUGUUCUAGUAAAGAUCUUAUAGAUGCAGGUCUUCCAUCCUCAUUUGGUACUUCAAAAGGUCGUUACUCUAAGAAAACAAAUAGAAAAAAAUAUAUCAAAAACCGUCAUAUAACGACCGACAAUGGCGAAGAAUUACAAAGCAAACAAUAUGAAGUCAAAAAUGACCAACAAUAUAAACAAACAACUGAUCGUAAAAUUAAGAAAGAAUCAACUUAUGAACCUCAAGAAUCACUGUCUCCAAUAAUAAUCAGAAAUAAUAAUUACGGUAAUCAUGCAUCUAAAAAGAAAGUAAAUAUAAACAUGAAAAAAGUUCAAAGUGACUCAACUAAUUCUGAUGAUAGUGAUACAUUGCAUGAGAAUCAUUAUGUUUAUCAGGAAAAGUACACUGAAGAUUACAAAAGUUGGUAUUAUCAGUUAAAAAAUAGAGUUAAAUUAAUUGAAAUUGCUCUUUAUAUUGAAGAAUUAAGCAACAUGUAAUCACAUUUUAUGCUUUCAAUAAAACAAAUUAAUUACCAAAAAACUGUUUAUUUCCCACUCUCACAAAUUAUUAUGUCUAGCAACAUUUUUUUUACAAGUAGGUACAUUGUUUUAAUAAUUACCAUCAGCCUACACUGACUUAUCAGGGGGUGUAACAAUAUGAUACUAUAAAGUAAUUCAUGUACCUGUUCGGAAUGAACAAUACAAUGGAAACCAGAACAAAACCUAUGCAGUAGUACUGUAGUGUACUUAAUUAAUGUGUGGGAUACUCUUUUAUACACCCUUUUUUCAGGUCAAUUACAAAGUUUAUAGCAAACUCCUCAAGAGCUAUGACAUCUUAAAUCUGCACUGGGGAGUGUAGAGAUAUGUAAAUGACUGACUCAGUGGGGAAGACACUUAACAUACAAAGUACACUAUAACCUUAACUAUAACUCAUCCACUCAUAAACUGUCGUGAGACUGAUAGCAGAUAAAGCACAAAAAAAUGUCCUGUUUUGAAUAUAUUAAGCAGUUCUACUGUUUUGCCUAGGGGUCUGUCCCAUUAAUUAAAAUUCCAGGACUAGGUUGUUCCAA